AUGCUCUCUGUUGAUACAAGAACCAAUGCAAUGAUUACUGCCCCCGGGAGUUUCAAGACAUGUCAUCCCAUUAAUAUGGUUCCUAUCAGCACUCAGCCCCAUUACAAUGCUGCAUUCUUCAGGGAAGGGAUCUUUGUUGCCAAACAACUGUUUUUUAGAGAUGCAUUAUCCGCUGGCCAAAAACAAUAUGCAAUGCAAGACGAUCUUGCAUACAUGUUGGACAAGUCAAACUGCCUCUACUGGGGGUCGAGCUUGAUGGGCUUAACUUAUGACUUUAUUGCAGAUUACUUAGCUCAAUACUCAUCCUCCCAAUCAAUUUCUUAUCCUUGUCUUCGCAUGGUGAACUGUGCACUUGCAGUAUCUCAAGACCAAAAGGAUGGACGUGCAGCAGUUUAUCUUAUUGAUGAAAUGAUCACAGGGAAGUUCGUCAAAUAUAUUAACAAUAAUGCUGCUGUCCCGCGUAACAAAUUGACAGUUGCCGAGCACAACAUUGCUCUAUUUCUUUGUUUUGCUCAACACAUUGUCGAUGAUGAGAACUGUUGUUAG